AGAUCUAAGGAAUGCUGUCAAUAUCUUCAGUGAGGUUCCUUCACUGAUAAGUAAUUUUAAAAAUAUUGAGGAAUUUCAUAUACUAAUUCUUUAAUUUUUUUGUAAUUUGUAACUAAAUGUGUGCAGAUUGGGAUAUAGAUUAAAAUUAAUAAUGUGGUUACACUUUCUAUCAGAUGUAGAUCUUGAUUGACGUAGAAGGGAAGAGUAUUCCAUUACAUCGUAAAUAAAUAUUGAAUGAAAUAAUUUUAUUAUUAAAAAAAUAUUAUGGACGAUGAUUUUGAAAACAUAAAAAAAUCGGAUAUUCCGGCAAACGAUGAUAAUGAUAAGUCAACUGUUUCAACUAGGGAAGAUGACCUUUCCUCCUUCAGGGAACAGUGGCAAAAAGAAAUUCAAUCAACAAAAAACAACCAAACUGAAGAACAAUUCAGAAAAGUACCUACUACUUCAGAAAAUAAUGUUUAUAACAAUGUUGACUUGAAAACGACUAAUCAAGAUGAUGAUAAUGAAAAAGCAACCAGACUUUUCCUCAAAGGUAUUGAAAUGGAAAAUUCUGGAAAAUUAUAUGAAGCUAUACAAUACUACAAGCAAGCGGUUCAAAUUGUACCUGAUGUUGAAUAUUUAUUGCACAAAAAAAGCAAAAUGAAACUGAAACAGGAUAGCUUGGAAAGGGAAGUGAAUAUUAAAGAAAACACUGAUGUUAAUGAUGUAUCAACAGAUGAUGAUGAAGAUAAUAAAGAUGAAGAAAUUUAUGUUAGAUUACAAAGAAAAGUUUCAAACAAGUCAACACUAUGCCUUCCGAAACAACCAAAAAGGGGCAUUCACAUUGGUCAAAUGCCCUUUGAAGUGAUUUUGUACAUAUUAAAGUGGGUUGUGUCUGAACAUUUGGAUAUGAGAUCAUUGGAAAUGUUUUCUAGAGUAUGUAGAGGAUUUUAUGUGUGCGCCAGAGAUCCUGAGAUAUGGAGGAUAGCUUGUAUGAGAAUAUGGGGAGUGAAUUGUGGUUCUUCCCCUGGCGAUUAUAAAACUUGGAGAAACAUGUUCAUUGAUAGGCCAAGAGUCAAUUUUAAUGGCUGUUACAUUAGCAAAACUACUUAUAUUCGCAAUGGCGAAAACAGUUUCCAAGAUCAAUUCUAUAGGCCUUGGUAUUUGGUCGCUUAUUAUCGCUAUCUGAGGUUUUAUCCAGAUGGUACUGUAAUAAUGUUGACUUCUGCAGACGAACCCUCACAAAGCAUUAAUUUAUUAAAAAAUAAAAACGUUCGAGACCCAGUUCUUUCUGGUUAUUAUAGAUUAAAAGACGAUAAAAUCAUGUUGGUGAUACAGAGGCAUGUUAAAAAUGCUCAAACUGAUUAUAAGAGGGAUCACAAAAAGCAAGAUGCUAUGAAUAAAAAAGAAAUAGUAUUUAAUAUGGAAUUUCAAAUAAAAAGCAAAAGGAAAAAACACGAUCAACUUCAUUGGAGUCACUAUUCCAUUGCAACAAGAGGAAGAGGCAUACCGGAAAGCAUAACUAAUUUUGACUUAUACGGUAGUAGAUAUCCUCCUUUGGUUUUUUCUCGUGUGAAAAGUUACACUGAAAAUUCGGAGAACCUUUUGACAUAAAAAAGUUGGAAUUACUGGUGAUAUUCAUCUGAACACACUGUUUAUACUACCACUACACCAACAUGAAACGCACAUCAGUAAGUGUAAUUGUGAAUGUGUACUGGUAGUGGGUGUGUUCAAUACAGAAAAAAAUUAUAGGAAUAAGAAGAAAAAUUGUUAUUUGUUUAUCGAUAUGAGAGUUUAAAAAUUCAAAUAAAAUUAUAUAACUUGUAGUGUGUGUUA